AUGAGAUAUUCCAUCCUUACAUACACCCUGCUGGUGGCUCUCGCCGUCGCCGUACCAGGAGAAGACUGGAAACCAAACAUCCUCUUCGACCGUAAGAAGAUGCCUGACAUCUACACAAACAUGUGCUGGCAAUGCCCUGCGCAGUCCCGACUUUGCCAACCUGCUGCACUGGGACAGUCCCUCUACGAAAGACGAAGCCGACCAUCGAGCUUCGUCCGGCUGCCCGAAGCCAAAACACAAGUCUACCCUUUCUGGGAGGUCAGAGAGAAUAAAGAGGCUUGGGGCCAGCAGGUCACUCGGUGUGUUCUACGAUCCUCCAAUAACCAUCACCAACGACAAAUCAGGGCACUCACCAGGCGCUGGCAAAAGCAUGGGAAUGAGUCGGAACCGAUGCGGAUAGCCAUGGCACAUCCGGAUUAUAAGAAGGCGAAUUACGGCAUGAAUCAGCCUUGUGUAAAUGAUGGGUUCCAGGUACAGGGGAAUAGGGUCAAGUUGGACAGGAAUCCGGCCUUUGAUGCUGAGAUUGGUGAACCUCCUGAUUUCAGGUUCUACAAGCUGGGGUUGGGAGUAUUGAUUGUCUCCUUGCAGGAAUUGGUCAUUAGAGGAAAUUUCACAGCUGUGGUGACAGUCGGUUACCGCAAGAAGACCAAUUGGGUAGAGCAGGAAUUUCGUGCCACCAACACAGCGGUUUGA